AUGGGGGAAAGCUUGGAUAGAUGUAUAGAUGAUAUUAAUAGGGCGGUGGACUCUAUGUCCACACUCUAUUUCAAGCCACCAGGAAUUUUUCAUAAUGCCAUCCUACAGGGAGCAAGCAACAAGGCAAGCAUUAGAAAAGACAUUACUAGACUAAUAAAGGACUGUAACCACGACGAGGCGUAUCUUCUGUUCAAAGUCAACCCUGAGAAACAAUCCGUUUCACGUAGAGACGGCAAGGAGGGAGUAUUCGACUAUGUUAUUAAACGAGAUACGGACAUGAAAAGAAAUAGAAGGCUGGGCAGACCAGGGGAAAAACCGAUCAUCCAUGUGCCCAAGGAAGUAUAUUUGAACAAAGAUCGUCUUGAUUUGAACAAUAAAAGGAGAAGAACCGCCACUACAAGUGGCGGUGGCUUGAACGGUUUUAUUUUUGAUACCGAUCUUAUAGGAUCCUCUGUCAUUUCAAAUUCAAGUUCAGGUACAUUCAAAGCAUUAUCAGCCGUGUUCAAGGAUGAUCCGCAAAUUCAAAGGCUCCUAUAUGCCUUGGAAAAUGGAAGCGUGCUCAUGGAAGAAGAAUCCAAUAACCAAAGAAGAAAAACCAUCUUUGUCGAGGAUUUCCCUACUGAUUUAAUUCUUAAAGUUAUGGCCGAAGUAACAGAUUUAUGGCCACUAACAGAGUUCAAGCAGGAUUACGACCAAUUGUACCAUAAUUAUGAACAACUUUCUUCCAAAUUGCGCUUCAUCAAGAAAGAAGUUUUGCUUCAAGAUGAUCGCUUAAAGACUAUGUCACAGUACCAUCCUUCUUCUUCUCACGACGUUGCUAAGAUUAUUCGAAAAGAAAAAGAUGAAAUUAGGCGGCUAGAAAUGGAGAUAGCCAACUUGCAAGAGUAG